AUGGUAUGCCGGCAUUUCCACGCACUGUUCCCCCCACUCAGUCUCGACCAGAUGCUGGAAGUGGAGGCCUCCCCGUUUGGCGAGCAGAAAGACCUGUAUACAUGUCGAGAUUGCUUACGUCUACGCCCAAGGUCCAAAUUCGCGGACAACAGGGUAAAGAAAAAGAGAGCAAGGUUUGCGGUUGAUGCAGGGAGACGAUUCUGUGUGGAUUGCGGCGUCAAUGCUCGUCAAGGCACUACCCGAUAUACCCGUGGCUCUCACAUCAUCAUACAAGGAGAACAAUAUGUGAUUUGCCGAUCUUGCGGGGCCUUCCGUGAGGCUGCAGUAGAAGGAGGCAGGAACAUGUCUGAAUGUCGGCAUUGUCGGUUAUUCUCGAGAGAAAUCGAACAACGUGCCAAGGAAUACAGGGCACGACAGGAUAGGGCUAGGCUGCGGGCCGAACAAGCAAUGAGAAGGGCCAGAAGCUGUGAGUUGUGGGGUUCAGAAUACGAGGAUAGUGAGGAUGGUAUAUCUUCUAGCCCUACUUGGAGUGAGAUACAAAUGGAUAUGAUCCAAUCUGAAGCAGACACCUACAUGAACAGCCCCAAACCUGGAUCCGAAUGA